CAUAUCACUCGCCCCAAGAGCUUCGGUCGCUGACCAGAUUCCUGGGCUGGCCCAAUGCCCUGUAGUAACAAUUCCUCGCCAACAACUCUCCCGCUGGGUGGACUCUACAACUCAUGCUCUGGUGAAAGUUGCGGAUAACUCCCAGCACAAGAAACCGUUGAUUGCCGUGGCCAGCUUGCGAUGGCCUCGGUAGUUGCGGGCGCGAAGCGGUCAUUCGCGGCCAUGACUGCGAAUGAUUGGGAUGCAGGUAAUACUGGAAUACGCCCGAGCCCUGGACCGCCGUCGUCCUUUGACGGCAACCCCAGGUUGCCGCAGCAAGGUUUUGCGUCUCGAUCAUUAGGCAGAGACCUCUCUACUCCUUCUUCCGCCGCCGCGUCUCCCAUGCGCUCGAACCUCCCCGCUUCGCCCGCUUCGCCCGCCCUGUUCGACGACGAUGCUUCUAUUGUACUUACCGGAAUCCGGGGAGCCGGAAAAUCCACGCUGGCCGUCAUCGCCUCUACCGCCAUGAAGCGGAAGGUCGUGGAUUCGGAGAAGGUAUUCCACGAGGCAACGGGCCUGUCGAGCCCGGCGUAUAAGAGAAAAUAUGGCGCUCCUGAAUACCACAUGCGCCAAUCCAGCGUCAUGCAGGAACUCCUCGUGAGGCACAGGAGAAACGCCAUCGUCGUGUGUUCGUGGACGGAGAGGGGCAUCCAGGCUACGCUCAAGGACUUGAGUACCACGAACCCCGUCAUACACAUCCUUCGUGACGCAAAGGCGAUCCAGGAACACCUCAAAGUCUGGGAUGACUCCAAGAUCCGCCAUCUGCUGGAUGCAAGCGGCUCAGUCUUCAGAGGAUGUUCUCAUUUCGAGUACUUCAACAUAUCAGAAGUCGCGGCCAAGUCUGGGGGCUCCCAGUCGCCUUCAGGGACGCUUGAACUAGACCAAAGAGCCCCAGCGCCCUACCUGACGCUUAAGCGGGCCGAGAGGCAAUUCCUCAAGUUCUUGUCCUUGAUUCUACCAGAAGGAGCCAUCCCGUUCAUCGAAUCUGCCUUCACUCUGGCCUGCGUCGCCGCCGAAGAGCGCCGUUUCACUUAUGCCAGUUCAGUCCCGCUUUCCGUGCUCCAGUCAGGCAGCCUCGAUAUCGAAGAGCUAGAGACUGGUGCAGACGCCAUCGAGAUUGUCGUUGACGACCUUAGUACUGGACUCGGCAACUUGUCGCACGACUCGAACCACAUAAGCCCUCAUCGCGCCACUGACAUAAGCCGGGUUGUGGCUCAAGUCAGGAGAAGCACUGUCAUUCCUAUUCUCUACCAUGUCGUGUUCCCAGAAUCUGCCCUGAGGGACGAAUCGCAGGCACAGCUAUACCUUUCCUACGUCUACCACGGGCUGCGACUGGCUCCCGAAUAUGUCACCAUUGAUCUCAGGCUCGACGACGGGACACUAUCACAAAUUUCGUCGAUGAAGGGAACUUCGAAGCUCAUCGGGAACUUGCAGCUAUCAGAGGCAGGUGCUCCGCCUUGGGGUGACCCGUCGUGGUGCUCAUACUACCGGAAGGCCCAAGCCGAAGGGUGCGACCUAGCGAGGUUGACCAAAGCAGCGUCGGGUGUGACGGACAACUUCGACGUGGAGCAGAUACGCGUUGCGGCGCGCUCGGUGGACGGCCCACGGCUGCCUCUAAUAGUGUACAAUACUGGGCCGAUGGGGAGGAACUCGGCCUGUUUUAACCAGAUCCUGACUUCGGUCAUCCCCGAGGGCCUCAACGAAAGCGAGCCGAAGACGGCGGCUUUAUCAGCCACGCGGCCUUCGAUAACCGCCCUACAAGCCACUCGAGCGCUCUACUCAUCCUUCAUCUUCGACCCCAUGAGGCUCUAUGUCUUCGGAGCGAAUGUCGGCUACAGCUUGUCUCCGGCGAUGCACAACGCGGCGCUAGAGGCAUGCGGGAUUCCCCACCAUUACGAGGCACAUUCGGCAAACUCGAUUGGGAGCCUACGGGAAUUGGUCAAUGACCCGUACUUCGCGGGCGCGUCCGUCGGCCUCCCCUUCAAGGUCGAGAUUAUCACCCUGACACAUUCACUGAGCCGACACGCUAGCGCUAUUGGAGCUGUCAACACACUGAUCCCGGUUCGACAGCUCAACGACGACGGAAGUAUACCGGACGAUGCGCUGCUCUUCAAUCACAGAAACCGGGCCGGCCCUGUCAGGGCUCUCUAUGGGGAGAACACGGACUGGCUUGGGAUAAGGGCGUGCAUCCGGCGGGGACUGUCCCCAGCCAACGCAGUGCGGGCGAGCAGCUGCGGCCUCGUCGUUGGCGCCGGUGGCAUGGCAAGAGCCGCUGUCUACUCGAUGCUCCAGCUUGGCGUUAGGAACAUUGUGAUAUACAACCGCACACUGACGAACGCCGAGAAGCUCGUUUCCCACUUCACCAGACUGCUCGGGCGGUCCGACUUCCCAUUCCUGAGCGUCGGACCUAACGAGGACGCCAGGUUUCACAUCCUGCGGUCCCGGGAGGAGCCGUGGCCGCAAGGUCUCCGACACCCGACCAUGAUCGUGUCGUGCAUACCGACACACAGUAUUGGCGACAGUCCGGCGCCCGAUUUUACGCUGCCCGAGCAGUGGCUGUACAGCCCCACCGGGGGUGUGGUGGUCGAGCUCGCAUACAAGUCCUUGAAUACGCCGCUCCUAGAGAAUGUCCGGCGGGAGGCACACAGAGGAUGGGUGACUAUGGACGGACUGGACCUCUUGCCCGAACAGGGCUUUGAACAGUUCGAGCUGUUUACGGGCCGCCGAGCCCCCCGAAGGCUGAUGAGGCGGGUGGUGUUGAGUGUUUACCCGGACGACCAGGGACGGUCGAACCUCGCACAGCUACAGCCCAGGCUUAAUGACAUUGGCGAACAGGAACCAUGAAGGCAUACGCAAUCCAGAUGGGUUACUUUUGGUGUGGUUUUCAGGGGUAAUUAGAAGAUAACGC